AUGGAAUCACUAACAAAACGUAAACAACUUCAAAGAUGCCCACGAGAGAAUGCAAACAUUCUUUCAUAUUUGACAUUUACAUGGGCAUUUCCAAUGUUUUUAAGAGGCAGAAAACAAGCAAUAAAUGAUGAAAAUUUAUUUAAGCCGCUUGAUGAGCAAGUUGCAAGUAAAUUGUCAAGUGAUAUUGAACUGUCGUGGAAAAAAGAAAAGCGAAAAUGCCAGAAGAAGAACAAUGUCCCAUGGAUCGUCAAUGCAUUAGCUGAUGUUUUUGGUUGGGAAGUUGUGGCGCAAGGAUUAUUAUUAUUGUUUAUCGAAUGUGGAAUCAAAAUUUUACCUCCAAUAUUCUUAAGUCAAAUUAUCAAGUACCACGAAAAUUCUGAUCAAAACAGCAAAUCUCUUAUGUAUUGGAGUACUUUUGCAAUCACAAUUUGCAUAUUUCUUAAUGUCAUAAUUAUGCAUGCCUUCAGUUUGAGCAACUUAAAUUUAGGACUUAAAAUGAGAACUGCUGUAAGCGCAUUGAUCUUCAAUAAGUGCUUGAAAUUAUCUAAAACUGCCUUGGGAAGCAUAAGUUUAGGAAAAAUCGUAAACAUGCUGUCCAGUGAUGUUGGUAGAUUUGAUUCUACUGCAUUUGCUAUUCAUUACAUUUGGGUUGGACCUAUUCAGAUAGUUCUUGUUACUGCUUUGAUUUAUAACGAAAUAGGUGUAUCAGCAUUUGGUGGUGUCAUUCUUCUCCUUUUGAUGAUCCCAUUACAGUUAUUUUUGGGAAAAACAACUGCCAAAUUGAGGAUGAAGACAGCAACGAGGACCGACAGAAGAAUUAAAUUAAUGAAUGAGAUAAUUCAAGGAAUUCAUGUAAUAAAGAUGUAUGCAUGGGAAAAGCCGAUGAGAGCAGUUGUUGCUGCAACUCGACUAAAGGAAAUUCAUAUGAUUCGAUUUGUUUCAUGGAUUAAAGGCAUCACAUUAUCUCUUAUGGUGUUCUCAUCACGAAUUUCCAUAUUCACAAGUUUAAUCAUGUAUGUCUUACUUCAAAAUGUACUUACAGCACAAAAAGCUUUCGUUGUUACUGCUUAUUACAACGUACUUAGACAGACUAUGGUCAUCAUGUAUCCACUUGCAAUUAAUAAUAUUGCUGAAUGUCAUGUUGCUGUAAAAAGGAUAGAAAGCUUACUUUUCAUUAAUGAUGAAGAGGAUAGCAACUUGAAUAGAAUCGAUACAGGAACUAAGACAACUGUCUUAAUAGAAAAUGUUUCUGCAAAAUGGAACCGAGAAUCUGAUGACUUUACAUUAUCAGGAAUUAAUCUUAAUUUUAAAGCACCAUCAGUUAAUACAUUUAUUGGGAAAGUUGGAUCUGGGAAAUCAAGUGUACUUCAGACAAUUUUGGGUGAAUUGCCAAUUACAAAAGGCAAAAUCGAAGUAAAUGGGAAAGUUUCUUAUGCAGCUCAAGAGACAUGGCUUUUCUUGGGUUCUGUAAGACAAAACAUUCUUUUUGGACUUCCAAUGGACAAGAUUAGGUACCGAGAAAUUGUUAAAGUCUGUUCAUUGACACGAGAUUUUGAAAUUUGGCCUGAAGGUGAUAAAACAAUUGUCGGUGAACGAGGCAUGAGCUUAUCAGGUGGACAAAAAGCACGAAUUAAUUUAGCACGUGCCAUUUAUAGACAAGCUGAUAUUUAUCUGCUCGAUGAUCCACUUAGUGCUUUAGAUUCGCAUGUUGGUCGGCAUUUGUUCGAUAACUGUAUAAAGAACUUCCUAAAAGAUAAGCUUGUCAUUCUAGUUACACAUCAAUUGCAGUACCUUGAAAGAGUUGAUCAAAUUAUUCUGCUAGAAGAUGGAAAGACUCAAGCUAUUGGAACUUAUGAGAAUCUUAAAAAUUCCGGUCUUGAUUUUACGAAUCUUUUACCUGAACAAGAAAAUACUAAAAAUGAUGAUUCCGAGUGUGGAGAUAUUCCUGAGAAUAAAAGACUCUUUCAAAAACAAGAAAGUACAUUCAGUAAAAAGUCAGAUCAAGGAGACGAAAAAGAGGAUAAAAAGAAUAUGGACAUGAAAGAAAAACGUGCAGAAGGUUCAAUUGAAUGGAAGGUUUAUGGAAAAUAUUUUCAAGCAACAGGUGGUUAUGUUAUCAUCACGUUCAUCAUGUCCUUUUUUGCUUUAGCACAAGUGAUAGCAUCCAUAAGUGAUUAUUUCCUUUCUUAUUGGGUUUCGAAAGAAUCUUCAAGGAAUAUUCAAAUUGAUACUGCUAUAAAUAAGACUACUUUAGCACAGACUUUAGUCAGUUCCAUUAUUGGAACUGGGGAUUAUGAUCGUAACAUUGAUAUCUACAUUUAUAGUGGAUUAAUAAUAACAACAGUGUUGCUGACAUUGGGAAGAAGCUUCUUAUUUUUUAAUGUAGCAAUGCGUGCCUCUCGUCAACUACAUGAUGCAAUGUACUCAGGAAUUACAAGAGCAACAAUGUUUUUCUUUCACAAUAAUCCAUCAGGUCGAAUUCUUAAUAGAUUUAGCAAGGAUAUGGGACAAAUUGACGAAACACUUCCGAUGACAAUGAUUGACUUCUUCCAACUUAUUUUCUCUUUGCUUGGUACUAUUGGUGUUCUUAUUGCUGUCAAUCAGUAUUAUCUAAUUCCAACAUUUAUACUCUUCACGAUCUUUUACAUGAUCCGUAAGGUUUAUAUCAAAUUAUCACUAGACAUCAAGAGAUUAAAUUCAACAACAUCUUCGUCAGUUUUUUCAUACUUGAGUGAGACAUUGAAUGGUCUGUCAACAAUUCGUGCCUUUAAAACUGAAAAUAAUAUGAAGGAAGAAUUUUAUCAGCACAUGGACAUAAAUACCUCAUCACAUUACAUAUGGCUCGCAAUGACUCGAGCUUUUGCGUUUGUACUAGAUAUCUGUUGCUUCGUCUAUAUCGCUAUAGUCAUCAUUAGCUUUCUAUUCACUGAAAACAGUGACAGCGGUCAUGUUGGAUUGGCAAUAACCCAAGCUUUAGGAUUGACUGGAAUUGUACAACUCGGCAUGCGACAAUCUGCUUUAUUAGAAAAUAUGAUGACAGCUGUCGAGCGUGUCGUCGAGUAUCAAAGUGUAGAUCCAGAACCACCACAUGAAUCUCCAGAAAAUAAGAAGCCACCAAAAGAUUGGCCAAAAAGUGGAGUAAUAAAGUUUGAUAAGCUGUCAUUAAGCUAUUAUCCAUCAAUGGAAGAUAAGGUGCUUAAAGAUCUAGAAUUUGAAAUUCGUGCAAAUGAGAAAAUUGGAAUUGUUGGAAGAACUGGUGCUGGAAAGAGUUCAAUAAUUAAUGCCUUAUUCCGUCUUUCAUAUUUAGACGGUUCAAUUUACAUUGAUUUAAGAGAAACACAAGAAAUGGGCUUGCAUGACUUGAGAUCAAAAAUAUCGAUAAUUCCGCAAGAACCAGUACUGUUUUCAGGCACAAUGAGAUACAAUUUAGAUCCAUUUGAUGAAUAUAAUGAUGAUAAAUUGUGGAUGGCACUUGAAGAAGUGAAAUUGAAGGAAUUAAUUAAGGAGAUGCCAUCAGGAUUAAAUACAAAAAUUACUGAAGGUGGAACCAACUUUUCAGUCGGUCAACGUCAACUUGUGUGCCUUGCACGAGCAAUUCUACGUGAAAAUAAAAUUCUUGUUAUGGACGAAGCAACUGCAAAUGUCGAUCCACAAACUGAUGGCUUAAUUCAAAAGACUAUUCGUCUGAAAUUUGCAGAAUGCACGGUACUUACAAUUGCUCAUCGACUUAAUACAGUCAUUGACUCUGAUAGGAUAUUAGUGAUGGAUGCAGGAAGAUGUGUUGAAUUUGGUACGCCACGUGAGCUUUUAUCAAAAAUAAAUGAACCAAGAAUAUUUUAUAAUUUGCUGAAAGAAACAGGAAGAACGAAUUUUGAACAUUUGUGUCAAACGACACACGAGUCCUUUUAUCAAAAAUCGAAGAACAUUUAA